ACAAUGGCGGACACGGAAGAUCUGAGUGAUAUUUCUGCCGAUGAGAGCGACUUGUUUGACUCCUUGCUCAAUAGUUGUCACCAGGAAAAGUUUGACAAUGACACUAACAACGAGGAUGACAUAAGUGCCAUCAAUGAACUUGUCUGCGACUUGAGGGAUUUCUUCGGUAAUGACGAAGACACCUCUGAAAAAAUUCGGACCGACCUCGCCCAAACAGUGAAUGACGGUGUGUCUAAACAGCCAACCAUGGCGAAAAUCAAAACAGUUAUGGAUCGAUACAAACGGCCAGAAAACUGUGAAGGUUUGACUGUUCCCCGUAUCAAUGAGGAAAUUUGGCAUCAAGCAAAGGCCCACACCAAGUCCAAGGACUUAAAAUCACAACACCUGCAAGGUUUGCUAAUCAAGGCUAUGAUUCCCCUGGUGCAAAUAACCGAUUCCCUCAUGGCAGUAGUGACAGACGGGAAAGAACUCGACAUAAAGGGGACCAUGAGAAAAGCCAUGGACACCAUCAGGUUGUUGGCAGCGGCCCAUGCAGACCUCAACACUAAAAGGCGAGAGAGUUUCAAACAAGAUCUGAGUGGCCCCUACAAGAGACUCUGCUCUGCAUCAGGUCCAACUACAAAGUAUCUAUUUGGUGACGACCUCACCAAACGAAUUAAAGAAAUCUCAGAAGCUAACCGACUCGGGAAGAAGAUCUUCCAACCAAACUCCAGGGAUAAACCGAAAGGUAAAAGCUAUCAGUAUCACAGAUAUGAACCUUAUGCGAACAACAGACAAGGGCAGACUUUCAGCAAGAGCACCCCUUCCCACAACAGAGGGAAACCAGCAGGCAGAGGUAGAGGCCAGCAUCACAAUGCUUUUUUAAGCAAACGCCAGAGGGACUACCCUCGGAACUGACAGAAGA